CGCACUUCCGCGUUGCCGCGGCCGCCGCUCCCGCACCGUGUGUGUGUGUGAGUGUGUUAGAGCGAGUGUGUGUUAGUGUGAGUGUGUGAGCCUGGCCGCUGGAGCGGGGCAGCCGAGGGCAGGGCGGGCAGUGGCGCCGGGCCCGGGCCAUGCAAGGAUGGAGAAGAUGUCCAGCUUCCUGCACAUCGGGGACAUCGUGUCACUGUACGCAGAGGGCACGGUCACCGGCUUCAUCAGCACCCUGGGGUUGGUGGAUGACAGGUGCGUGGUGCAGCCGGAUGCCGGAGACUUGACCAACCCACCAAAGAAAUUCCGAGACUGCCUUUUCAAGGUGUGUCCCAUGAACCGUUACUCAGCCCAGAAACAAUUCUGGAAAGCAAAACAAUCGAAGCAAGGGAACACAGAGGCUGCGCUGCUGAAAAAGUUGCAGCAAGCAGCUGAACUGGAACAGAAGCAGAAUGAGGUGGAGAAGAGGAAGCUACUGGGCGAGGUUGUCAAGUACAGCAACGUCAUGCAGCUGCUGCACAUAAAAAGCAACAAGUACCUCACUGUCAACAAAAGACUGCCGGCACUCCUGGAAAAAAACGCCAUGCGGGUGUCCUUGGACGGUGCGGGGAACGAAGGCUCCUGGUUCUACAUCCAACCUUUCUGGAAGCUGAGAAGUGAAGGUGACAAUGUGGUUGUGGGAGACAAGGUGGUGCUGAACCCGGUGAAUGCCGGGCAACCUCUACACGCCAGCUGCCACGAGCUGCUGGACAACCCCGGCUGCAAGGAGGUGAACGCUGUGAACUGCAACACCAACUGGAAGGUCGCACUCUUCAUGAAGUACAGUGAUUACCGUGACGAUGUUCUUAAAGGGGGUGACGUGGUGAGGCUGUUCCACGCCGAGCAGGAGAAGUUCCUCACUUGUGAUGAGUACAAGAAGAAGCAGCACAUCUUCUUGAGGACCACUCUACGCCAGUCAGCCACCUCAGCCACCAGCUCCAAGGCCCUCUGGGAAGUUGAGGUGGUGCAUCAUGACGCAUGUCGGGGCGGUGCAGGACAUUGGAAUAGUCUGCUACGAUUCAAGCAUCUCGCUACAGGGAACUACUUGGCAGCUGAGCUUAACCCCGAUUACCGAAACGACCAGUUGGAAUCAAAGGGAGUGGGCGAGAGGGACGGGCUCCCAGUCAAAAGCAAGCGGCAGCAGGUGGAGAAGAUUAUCUACACGCUGGUGUCCGUCCCCCACGGCAACGACAUCGCCUCCCUCUUCGAGCUAGACAGCACCACGCUACAGAGGGCCGACUCCCUGGUGCCCAGGAACUCGUACGUUAGAUUGAGGCAUCUCUGCACCAAUACGUGGGUCACCAGCGGCAACAUCCCCAUCGACACGGAGGAAGAACGGCCAGUUAUGCUCAAGAUUGGAACGUGCCCGACCAAGGAGGACAAGGAAGCCUUCGCCAUCGUGUCCGUGCCGCUGUCGGAAGUCCGAGACUUGGACUUUGCCAACGACGCCAGCAAGGUUCUGGUCGCCACAGUGCAGCGGUUAGAGAGCGGCACCAUCACGCAGAACGAGAGGAGGUUUGCGACGAAGCUUUUGGAAGACUUGGUUUUCUUUGUUGCGGACGUGCCCAAUAAUGGUCAGGAGGUCUUGGACGUGGUGAACACAAAGCCAAACAGGGAGAGGCAGAAGCUGAUGAGAGAGCAAAAUAUCUUGAAGCAGAUCUUCGGGAUAUUGAAGGCCCCCUUUAUGGAUAAAGGCGAAGGCCCAAUGCUCAGGCUGGAGGACCUCGGUGACCAGAGAUACGUUCCCUACCGAUACAUCCUGAGGCUGUGUUACCGCGUGCUCCGACACUCCCAGCAGGACUACAGGAAGAAUCAGGAGUAUAUUGCGAAGAUGUUUGGCAUCAUGCAGUCUCAGAUUGGAUACAACGUUCUGGCAGAAGACACCAUCACCGCCCUGCUCCACAACAACAGGAAGCUGCUGGAGAAACAUAUCACGGCCAAGGAGAUCGAGACCUUCGUCAACCUGCUGCGGAGAAACCGGGAACCCAGGUUUCUGGAUUACUUGUCAGACCUGUGCGUAUCCAACAAGAUUGCCAUCCCCAUCACCCAGGAGCUCAUUUGCAAGUUUAUGUUGAACUCAUCCAACGCUGACAUCCUCAUUCGAACCAAGCUGCUGUCGAAUCGUGGGGACUUCAGCAUCGAGAGCCCGCUGCUGGAGGAGGACGGCGAGGAGGACGAGGUUUGGUUGUACUGGAUAGACGGAGACAAGGAGCCUCACGGCAAGUCUAUCCGCCAGCUGGCUGAGGAGGCAAAGGAGGGCAACAAGGAAGAGACCGAUAUCCUCACCUACUACAGAUACCAGCUGAACCUCUUUGCCCGGAUGUGCCUUGAUCGUCAGUACCUGGCCAUUGACCAGAUCUCCACGCAGCUGGGGGUGGACCUUAUCCUGCGCUGCAUGUCAGACGAGGACCUGCCCUACGACCUGCGGGCUUCAUUCUGCCGCCUGAUGCUGCACAUGCACGUGGACCGAGACCCCCAGGAGUCGGUCACCCCGGUGAAGUACGCCCGGCUGUGGACGGAAAUCCCCACCAAGAUCACCAUCCACGAGUACGACUCGGUCACCAACAUGUCCCGCGACGACAAGAAGAACAAGUUUGCGCUGACCAUGGACUUUGUGGAGGAGUACCUGAAGGAUGUGGUGUCUCAGCCGUUCCCCUUCGGAGACAAGGAGAAGAUCAAGCUGACAUUCGAGGUGGUGAAUUUGGCUCGCAACCUAAUAUACUUUGGGUUCUACAGCUUCAGCGAGCUUCUGCGGCUCAUUCGAACAUUGCUCGCCAUCCUGGACAGCGUUCAGAAUCCCAGCUCCUCAUACUUGGAAAGGCUGAGCAGGUUUCAAGAAGGAGGCAACAACGUGAUCCGGACCAUCCACGGCGUGGGGGAGAUGAUGACCCAGAUGGUCCUGAGCCGAGGGUCCAUCUUGCCCGGCAUCCUGGGGGAUGGGCACGAGACCCCGGUGCGGAGCGGGCAGGCAAAGCAAGCGCCGAACACGGAGAACGAAGACGUGACCGUCAUGGACACCAAGCUGAAGAUCAUCGAGAUACUGCAGUUCAUCCUGAGCGUCAGACUGGAUUACCGCAUCUCCUACAUACUGUCCAUCUACAAGAAGGAGUUUGGGGAGACCAACUCCUCUGAUUCGGUGGCCGGCACAUCGACAGAAAGCGCAGUGCCAGACCUGGAGAUCAUCGGGGAACAGGCGGAGUCCAUGUUUGCAGGAAGCCAGGAGAAGAACUCGGUGGAACUGGACAUCGAGGGCGGUCGGACCUUCCUGCGAGUCCUCAUCCACCUGAUCAUGCACGACUACCCCCCCCUCGUCUCCGGCGCCCUCCAACUACUCUUCAAGCACUUCAGCCAAAGAGCCGAGCUCCUCCAGGCUUUCAAACAGGUGCAGCUGCUGGUUUCAUCCCAGGACGUGGACAACUACAAGCAGAUCAAAGGCGACCUGGACCUGUUACGCCUAACGGUGGAGAAGUCGGAGCUGUGGGUGGAGAAGAAAGGCAGUUACGGCAGCAGCAGCGAGAACCAGGCGGAAGGAGCCGAGGACAGCAAGGCCGAGGAUCCCGUGAUUCUGAGUCCCAUUCAAGAUGGUAUCAAGAAACCGCAGAUAGACAGCAACAGCAGUAACAACUACAACAUUGUAAAGGAGAUCUUGCUCCGACUCAGCAAGCUCUGCGUACAGAACAUGAGGCGGUCGAGGAAUCAGCAGCAGCGCUUGCUGAAGAACAUGGGCGCUCACACCGCCGUGCUGGACCUCCUGCAGAUCCCCUACGAGAAGCUGCAGGAGGCGGAAACGAUGCGACACAUCUUCCUGAGCAACUACCACCUGUGCAACGAGAUCAGCGAGAGGGUGGUGCAGCACUUUGUGCACUGCAUCGAGACCCACGGGCGGCAGGUCAUGUACCUCAAGUUCCUGCAUACCAUCAUCAAGGCCGACGGGAAGUACGUCAAGAAGUGCCAAGACAUGGUGAUGACUGAGCUGGCGAAUGGGGGAGAAGACGUCCUGGUCUUCUACAAUGAUCGGGCCUCCUUCCCCCUGCUGCUACAAAUGAUGUCGUCGGAGCAGGAGCGCUGCGAUUUGAAUGGCGCCCUGAACUACCACAUCACGCUGGUGGAGCUGCUGGCCGCUUGCACCGAGGGCAAGAACGUCUACACCGAAAUCAAAUGCAACUCCUUGCUGCCCCUGGACGACAUCGUGAGGGUGGUGACCCACGACGACUGCAUACCUGAGGUGAAGAUGGCGUACGUGAACUUUGUCAACCAUUGUUACGUGGACACAGAGGUGGAGAUGAAGGAGAUUUACACAAGCAACCACAUCUGGAACCUCUUUGAGAAUUUUAUCGUUGACAUGAACCGGGUGUGCAACUCCACGACGGACAGGAAGCACGCGGACACAGCGCUGGAGCGGUACGUGACGGAGGCCGUGACGAACAUCGUCAUAGGCUUCUUCAGCUCCCCCUUCUCCGACAACAGCACCAGUCUACAGACUCACCAGCCAAUAUUUAUUCAACUGCUUCAGUCUGCCUUUAGGAUUUAUAACUGCGCCUGGCCAACUCCGUCUCAGAAGUCUUCAGUGGAGUCUUGCAUCAAAACCCUGGCUGAAGUGGCUAAAAGUCGAGCUAUAGCGAUCCCCGUGGACCUGGACAGCCAAGUCAACACCUUGUUUUUGAAGACCCACUCCAAUAUGGUGCAGAGAGCAGUCAUCGGUUGGCGCAUGUCCACCCGCGGUGCACCUCGUUACCGUGAUGCCUCUGGGGCGCCCGGCUUGGACUACAGGAACAUCAUCGAGAAGUUACAGGAUAUCGUGUCGACUCUGGAGCACCAGUUCCAACCCAUGGUGCAUGCCGAGCUCUCGGUGUUGGUUGACGUUCUCCACAGUCCGGAGCUGCUCUUCCCCGAUGGCAGCGACACGCAGAUGAGAUGUGAGGGUGGAGCCUUCAUGAGCAAACUGAUCAAUCAUUCGAAAAUACUGAUGGAUAAAGAAGAGAAACUCUGCAUGAAAAUUCUUCAAACCCUGAGAGAGAUGCUCAAAAGGGAAGACAACUUUGGGGAAAACGGCACAGUAUUGAGGAAGAUUCUCCUGAAUCGCUACUUUGGGAAUAUCCGCAGCAUAUACAAAGCGGAUGGACACGUCGGUACCAUCAAUGCCCCUUUGGCUGCGGGGGGCUUCUCUAAGUCACCACAAACCGGAGGCAGUUCCUCCUCAGAUUCGGACAAGUGCGGCAUCUCUGUCUUCGAGAUUCAAUGUCACCUGGACAGGGAAGGGGCGUCGGAACUGGUCACGGACCUCAUCACCAACACCAAGAACAGCAGGAUCUUCGAGGAGAGCAUCGCGCUGGGCAUCGCCCUGCUGGAGGGCGGCAACACGCAGACUCAGAACUCCUUUCACCGCCAGCUGAACGAGCUGAAGAAGUCCGAGAAGUUCUUCAAAGUCUUCUACGAUCGCAUGCAGGUGGCCCAGCAGGAGAUAAGGGCCACGGUGACAGUCAACACCAACGAUCUGAGCAGUAAGAAGGAAGAUGACCACGACCUUGUGCCACCCGUUCAAAGGAAGAAAGCGCGCGACCCAGCUGUGCUCAUACAGGAGGGGGUGAAGGGACAGUUGGCGGAGGCCUCUACCGCCACCUGCAAAGCCUACUACAUGUACAGGAGGGAGAUGGACCCCGAGUCCGACCUCAUCCCGGUGGGGAACGAGUGCGUGGGCCUGGAGGACAAGUCCGGGGACGAGGACGUGAUGAGCCCUCUGAUCACCAUCAUGGAGCCCAUCCUACGCUUCCUCCAGCUGCUGUGUGAGAACCACAACCUGGAGCUUCAGAACUUCCUCCGGCACCAGAACAACAAGACCAACUACAACCUGGUGUGUGAGACGCUACAGUUCAUGGACUGUAUCUGCGGCAGCACCACGGGCGGGCUCGGCCUGUUGGGGUUGUACAUCAACCCAAAAAACGUCUCCCUCGUCAACCAGACCCUCGAGACGCUGACUGAAUAUUGCCAGGGGCCUUGUCACGAGAACCAGACCUGCAUCACCACCCACGAGUGUAACGGCAUUGAUAUCAUCAUCGCACUGAUCCUCAACGAAAUUAACCCUCUCAGCAAGUAUCACAUGGAUCUGGUCCUGAAACUAAAGAACAAUGCAUCGAAGCUUUUACUUUCCAUUAUGGAAAGCCGACAUGACAGUGAGAACGCAGAGAGAAUUCUGUACAAUAUGCGACCAAAGGAACUGGUUGACGUGAUAAAGAUUGCUUACAACCAAAGCAUGGAGCUCAACGAUGAGAGCGUUUCAGAUGACAAUAUCUCCCCAAAGGACGUUGGUCAUAAUAUUUUCAUCUUGGCUCACCAGUUGUCGCAACAUAACAAGCUGCUGCAGCAGAUGCUUAAACCGGGCUCUGAUCCGCUGGACGAAGGUGGAGAAGCUCUAACGUAUUACGCUAAUCGCACAGCGCAGAUCGAGAUUGUGCGCCACGAUCGAUCCAUGGAACAGAUCGUCUUCCCGGUGUCGAGCAUCUGUGGGUACCUGACCCACGAGUCCAAAUUUAAGGUCUUCAACAGCACCGAGCGGGAUGAGCAGGGCAGCAAAGUCAACGACUUCUUCCAACAAUCCCACAACCUCUACAAUGAGAUGAUUUGGCAGAAGAAGAUCAAAAACAACCCAGGCCUGUUUUGGUUCUCGAAGAACAUGUCGCUGUGGGGAAACAUUUCGUUCAAUUUUGCAGUAUUUAUCAACCUGGCCGUCGCUCUGUUCUAUCCAUUUGGAGAUGAAGGUGAUGAGAGUACAAUCUUGCCCCUGUUCUCGCUGCUGCUCUGGAUAGUUCUCAUUGUUUGCACUGUCUUGCUUCUCCUCAUCCCCAAGCCUCAUGGAAUCCGACUAUUCACCGUGUCCGUGAUGUUCCGAUCCAUCUACACCAUCGGGCUGUGUCCGACUUUGAUGCUCCUGGGAGCUCUCAAUCUGUGCAAUAAAAUCGUGUUCUUGGUCAGUUUUGUGGGCAAUCGUGGAACUUUCACCCAGGGUUACAAGGCAAUGGUGAUGGACGUACCCUUCUUGUACCACCUUCUCUAUGUGGUCGUCUGCAUAUUUGGUCUCUUUGUCCACGAGUUCUUUUACAGUUUCCUGCUGUUUGACCUGAUCCAGAGACAGGAAACGUUGCUGAAUGUAAUAAAGAGCGUCACCCGUAAUGGCCGCUCCAUCAUCCUGACCGCUGCGCUGGCUCUCAUCCUCGUCUACCUCUUCUCCAUCGUGGGGUUCCUCUUCCUGCAAGAUGACUUCAUCAUGGCGGUCGAACAGCUGGAGAAGAACAAGUCCUCCCUCUCAGAUGGCCAAGAUGACACCAUGCUGGAACAGACCUGCGAUACUCUGCUAAGGUGCAUUGUUACCGUUCUCAACCAGGGGCUGCGGAAUGGAGGUGGCGUGGGUGACGUGCUGAGAAAGCCUUCAAAGAACGAGCCCCUCUUCUUUGCACGGGUGGUCUACGAUCUCCUGUUCUUCUUUGUUGUCAUCAUCAUCGUUCUGAACCUCAUCUUUGGGGUCAUCAUCGACACGUUCGCCGACCUGAGGAGCGAGAAGCAGAAGAAGGAGGAGGUCCUGAAGACAUCGUGCUUCAUCUGUGGGCUUGAACGAGACAAGUUUGACAACAAGACAGUGUCGUUUGAAGAGCACAUCAAGUUUGAACACAAUAUGUGGCACUAUUUAUACUUCAUCGUCCUGAUCAAAGUCAAGGACCCAACUGAAUACACGGGACCUGAGAGCUACGUUGCACAAAUGAUACGGGAGAACAACUUGGAUUGGUUUCCUCGGAUGCGCGCCAUAUCGUUGGUCAGCAAUGAAGGGGACAGUGAGCAGAACGAGAUCAGGAGUUUACAAGAUAAGUUGGAUACCACCAUGUAUCUGGUGGAACAACUGUCAGGACAACUUUCAGAACUGAAAGAACAGAUGACGGAGCAAAGGAAGAACAAGCAGCGCCUGGGCUUCCUGGGGUCCAGCACGACACAGGCCAACCACCAGGACACCACACACUGAAGACCCUCACAUUCUGGACCUCGCUCCACUGGCCUGGGCUGGGCUGGGCUGGUCUGGGCGCCACUGACCUGCGCUGGCUAUUGACACCAUGUUUUGGACCACAGGAUGGAAGCCAUCGAGAAAGACUCGCCAAUGGCCAAAGACUUGCUUUCACAUCCACGCUAGGGGUGUCCAUCGUAAGACCAGCCUACGCUCCAUUCUAUCCGCACUAACAUGCAUGGACAUUAUGUGUCCUCAUCACCUUGGUGACUCAUGGCUGAUUACAAGAUGGCGGCUGAUUUU